UGCCUGAGCCGGAAAAGAGAGCAAGAGAGACAGACAGACGGAAAGGCAGACAGAUAACAGCGCGGAGCAGAGGAACAGAGCCGGGCAGCGGGGCAAGUUCCCGGGGCAAGAGAGGAUGUGAGCGCAGCGCUGGCGCCGAGCCGGGAGGAUGCGAUGGCCGCUGGCACCGAAACUGGGGCAGCGAUCGUCAGCCGCCGAGAUGGAGCUGGGGACGGCAGCGGGGACCGGCGGGGACGGGAGCGUGGUGGCAGCUGAGCCCUGCGAGGGAGCGGUGUCACCGCGGCGGCUCCUCUCCGUCGCUCCGAUGUAAAGCGGCGUCGCCGGGCGGUCUCCGUGCGGGGCUCCUCGAGGUCAGUGCCGCGGAUGGGGUGGGUGGCAGCGCACCUCGCUGCUCGCCUUCGCUGCGUGCGCGUUUCGUAACGAGCCGCUCCCGCGUUUAAUUAACGCGAGCGGGGCCAACGCAACCCGAUCCGUCUCCCUGGAUUGAACCUGACGGAGAGGACGCGUUGCUCGAAACGCCGAGCGAUUUCGUGAAACCGCGUUGAAUCGGCUUGAAACGUAUGCGGUGCGAUGCGUGUGUUUGUCGCGCAGAUUUUGGUGCCGUCUCCCGGUUCCUCCUUUGCCCGGGUGCCACCAUGCUUCCUCGCUGGGCGAAGCAUCCCUCGGGCGCUUCCCCUCGGCUGCGGGAGCAGGACAGAGCCUCGGAGCCCGGGGACCGCAGGCUGACAGCGCUGCUCGUGGAUCCCGACAGGACCAGCGCCCACAUGAUCUCGGCCGACGAUGCCGAGUACCCGCGGGAGUACCGCACCCUGGGCAAUGGCACACGGCGCUUCUCCAACGUAGGGCUGGUGCACACCUCGGAGCGCCGGCACACCGUCAUCGCCGCCCAGAGCCUCGAGGCCCUCACUGGCCUCCAGAAGUCGGAGAUGGAGCGCAAGCGGGACGCCUUCAUGGACCACCUGAAGAACAAGUACCCCCAGCACGCGCUGGCGCUGCGCGGGCAGCAGGAGCGCAUGCGGGACCAGCAGCCCAACUACUGGAGCUUUAAGACCAGGAGCUCCCGGCACUCGCAGGGCUCCCAGCCCGGCCUGGCCGACCAAGCCAAGCUGUCCUUCGCCUCGGCCGAGUCCCUGGAAACCAUGUCGGAAGCGGAGCUGCCCCUGGGCUUCAAUAGGAUGAACCGGUUUCGGCAGAGCCUGCCUCUGUCCCGCUCCACCAGCCAGACGAAGCUGCGCUCCCCAGGGGUCCUCUUCCUGCAGUUUGGGGAUGAGACAAGGCGCGUGCACAUCACCCACGAGAUCAGCAGCAUGGACACCCUGCACGCCCUCAUCGUCCACAUGUUCCCCCAGAAGCUCACCAUGGGGAUGCUGAAGUCUCCCAACACCGCCAUCCUCAUCAAGGACGAGUCCCGCAACGUCUUCUAUGAGCUGGAGGAUGUCCGCGACAUCCAGGACAGAAGCAUCAUUAAAAUAUACCGAAAAGAGCCGCUCUACGCCUCCUUCCCCGCCUCGCACAUCACCAACGGCGACCUGAGGCGGGAGAUGGUGUACACCUCCAGGGAGUCCUCUCCCACCCGUCGCCUGAACAACAUGUCCCCGGCCCCCCACCUGGCCUCGGGCUCCCCCCCGCCCGUCCUGCAGUCCUCGUCCCCCUCCCGUUCCCGCAUGUCCUACAGCGGCGGCCGCCCGCCCUCCUACGCCGGCAGCCCCGUGCACCACGGCGAGCGCCUGGCCAGCCUGCCCCCGGCACCCGGCGUCUCGCCCAGCCCCAGCGCCAUCCUGGAACGCCGCGACGUCAAACCCGACGAGGACCUGGCGGGGAAGAACAUGGUGCUGGUGAAAAACGAGGGGCUGUACGCCGACCCCUACGGCAUGGUGCACGAGGGGAGGCUCAGCAUCACCUCCACGCAGUCGCUGGCCGGCAUGGGGGACCCUUUCGGUUACUCGGGGGGGCUGUACAAGCGGGGCUCGGUGCGCUCGCUCAGCACCUACUCGGCGGCCGCGCUGCAGACGGAGCUGGAGGACAGCCUGUACAAACCCAACGCGCAGAUCUACAGCGACACGUACGGACCCGGCCUGGGCUUCCGCAUGCCUCCUUCCUCCCCGCAGAAGAUGGUGGAGGUGCAGGCGGGGCAGAGCCCGCACAGCCCCUACUCGGGGCCACCCAGCCGCUCCUCGCCCGUCCGGCAGUCCUUCCGCAAGGAUUCCUGCUCCUCGGUCUUCAUGGAGAGCCCGGUCAGCAAGCCGCGCAACCCCGGCGCAGCGGGACCCCCCGAGCUGUUCCCAGGCCCUGGGGACCGCCCGCUCUCGGGGUUCAGCUCCCCGGUGCCGGCCAAGGACACGGAAACGAGGGAGCGGAUGGAGGCCAUGGAGAAGCAGAUCGCCAGCCUGACAGGGCUGGUGCAGAGUGCACUGCUCCGCGGCUCCGAGGCUGAGACCCCCAGUGAGAAGACUGAAGCCACCAAUGGCGGGACCCCCCCAUCAGCGUCAACCAGCCGCAGCGGCACGGGGACCCCGGUGCCCGCGCCUCCCCCACCCUCCGCCACCAGCACGCCAGCGGGGCAGCCCACGGCCAUCACCCGCCUGCACAUGCAGCUGCACCUCCACGACCUGCAGCAGAACGCCAGCGACCUCCGCAACCAGCUGCAGCAGCUCAAGAAGCUGCAGCUGCAGAACCAGGAGACGGUGAAGACGAUGCUGAGGCGGACGGAGACGGAGAUCAGCGUGCGGGUGACGGACACCAUGCGCAAGCACGAGGACCCGCUGCAGCGCCAGCGCAGCCUGGUGGAGGAGGAGCGGCUGCGGUACCUGAACGAGGAGGAGCUGAUCACCCAGCAGCUGAAUGACCUGGAGAAGUCGGUGGAGAAGAUCCAGAAGGAUCUGGCGCACAACCACCGCCUCAUCCCGGUGCAGGAGCUGGAGGAGAAGGCCGUGGUGCUCAAGCAGCUCGGGGAGACGCUGACAGACCUCAAGGCCCAGUUCCCCAGCCUGCAGAGCAAGAUGCGGGUGGUGCUGCGGGUGGAGGUGGAAGCCGUCAAGUUCCUCAAGGAGGAGCCGAACCGCCUCGACGGGCUGCUCAAGCGCUGCAAGACGGUCACCGACACGCUCGCCCAGAUCCGCAGGCAAGUGGACGAGGGCGUGUGGACCCCCCCCAACAACCUCAGCCAGUCCCCCAAGAAGGUGGCCCCCGAGACAGACUUCAGCAAAGGGCUGGAGCUGGAGAUGCCCCCCAGCCCUCCCGUGAGCCUCCACCACCUGACGGCCGGCACUGAGCCCCUGGGCAUGCCCAGCUUUGGGCACAGCCCCCCCCAAACCCAGAGCCACCCCUCCAAGAGCAAUAACCCUUCCCGGGCUCCAGAGAUGGUGCCUGCCAAAACCCAGACGGGUCCUGAGACGCCCAGUAAGAAGAGCGCAGACAAAGCUGUGUCAGUGGAGGCUGCCGAGCGGGACUGGGAGGAGAAGCGGGCAGCGCUGACCCAAUACAGUGCCAAGGACAUCAACCGCCUCCUGGAGGAGACGCAGGCUGAGCUCAUGAAGGCCAUCCCCGACCUGGAGUUUGCUGCCAAGCACAAGCAGCCCACGGGCAGCAGCAGCGCCGCGUCCACGCCGGAGCAUAAACCAUCCAAGCCUCAGCACGCACAGAAAUCCGCGGGGAAGGGGGAUCCCAAUGGCCGCAGAGGCUCAGACGAACUGACGGUGCCGCGGUACCGCACCGAGAAACCUUCCAAAUCGCCGCCGCCGCCCCCUCCCCGCCGGAGCUUCCCCUCAUCCCAUGGGCUGACCACCACCCGCAGCGGCGAAGUCAUCGUCACCAGCAAGAAGGAGCCCGGCUUUAUGAAGAAAGCGGAAUCGGAGGAGCUGGAGACCCAGAAGCCACAGGUGAAGCUGAGACGGACGGUGUCGGAGGUGGUGAGACCGGCGUCCACCCCACCCAUCAUCGCCUCCGCCAUUAAAGACGACGACGACGAGGACCGCAUCAUCGCGGAGCUGGAGGUGUUUCAGAGGAGCUCUGCCUCCCCUUUCCUCCCCACGCUCCGUUACGACCCUCUCCCGGCUGCCGUCUCCCCUGGGCACGCAGACAUGUGGCCCAAUGGAGCCUCCGUUGCAGCCGAAGGAUGGAAGGAGCUGGCAGCCCCAGCAGCCCCGGGGAGCAGGGCUUUCUCCCUCCCGCAGAUUGUGCUCACCGAGUGGGUGUCCGCACCGCCGUCCCCCGAACCCGACCCCGCGGCGGCGGUGGAACCGCGCUGCUCUGAGCACGGGGACCCGGCCGGCGGCGGCGGAGCAGGAGCGGAGCUCGCAGCCGAGGUGGGGAGGAGAUGUGCAGUGUUGGCCGGGAGCGCUCCGCCCACGGCCCCGCAGCCCCUGAGCACCGCACCCCGCACACCGGGAGGGACGUGUGGGUUUCCCCUGGCACACGGCGAGGUCCCGGCUCUCUCGAAGCACAGAGCAAGCUGGCCGGCAGCGAGAGCAGGAGGGGACGCUGCUCCGAACCCUGCCAGAAGGCACGAAGGCAGCGGCAAGGCUUCCCCACGGUGCCCUUUGGUUCCUUGUCCCCGAGGGAUGGUCGCAGCGAUCCUGCCCGGUGCAGGCAGCGAAGGGCCCAGCAUCGCCCCGCAGCUCCCUGGUGAUGCAGAGCCCCGAGGAGGAGCUGGGCGGGAUGCAUCCCUCCCUCCUGGACACGCACCAAGGAAGCAGCGCGGUGGCACACCAUUCCCGAGAGCCAGGUGCCCCCCAGCCCAGCAGGGCAGCAGGGGGGGCCGGGCUGGGCACCCCCCGUUCAUGGCAGUGCAGGAUCAGGGCUGUGCUGGGGCCGGAGCAGGAGGGACAGUGGCCGAGGGGCUCUGCAGCCCCGCUCCUCAGGGAAGGAGCGAAGCAGAGGGGUCCCCCCUGCACAGCAUGUCGCCGCGCAGCAAGGAGAUUUGUGAAGGGGCAUACCGGAGACUGGACAGCCUGGAAGAAACCAUCCGUGAGCUGGAGAUGACCAUCAGCGAGAUCAGCAGCCACCGCUCGGCUGAGGCUGCGUUCCCUGAAGGACUGCUGGGACGGGCGGCACCGGGGGAUGCCGGCCAGGAGACCGAGGACGAGGCAGGGCACGGCGAGCAUUGUGAUGAUGGCACUGCCCUGGAUCUCAGCCAGACCAAAGCUGAUGCUGCCAAGAGUGCGUCCCCGAGCCACACCAAACCGCCUCUGCUUCCCAAGCCGCAGCUCGGCACGCCUCAGAGCGGUGGCGUUUCCAUCCCGCCCAUGAAGAUGGUGAACCCGGCGUCCAGGCUGAAGCAGAGCCAGCAGGGCAGCCCCGACAAGAGCAAGCACAUCAAGCAGAGGAUGGAGUACAUGCGGAUCCAGGGACAGCAGCAGGUAGCCUAUCUCUAGAGCAGGCUCCCAGCAGUAGGGCCCUGCUCCCCCUGCACUGUGUGUUAUGGGGCACGGGGUUGCCGUAGCGGGGUGCUGGGAUGGGGGACGCAGCCCUUUGCUGAGCAGGGGGUGCAGGAGGCACUUGUGUGCCAGGCUGGGUGCUGCUGGGUGAGCCCAGCACCUGGAGCCUUGGUGAGGAGGGGGUGCUACGGGUGGGGGCUGGAACCCUGCAGUGCAUCCCCUGUGCACCUGCGCCAGGACUGGGGGUGUCGGGGCAGGGUGAGGGGACGGGGUGGGGGCCACAGCAGCUGGAAGAGGAGAGCUAUGGGAUGGGACUGUGCCUGCCCCCCCAGCCCAGCACUGACCCCAUCCCCAUCCCUGUUGCUGGGGCUGAUUGCACUCCAGGUACCACAGCCCCAUCCUGCUCCUUCCUCCCCUCCCUCUCCUGCCCCAGGUCCCAGCACUGCCCCUCCCCACCUGCGGGCAGCACUGAGCCUUCCUCCCCACUCCCCCCUGCACCUCGUCCUGUCCUCCUCUCCCCUCCCCACUCUGUGUCUCAAUCCCUUUCCCUGGGCCUGUCCUUGGCAAACCUCCCAACGAAGCCCAUUUUGCUCAUUCUGUCAAAUCCAUUAAUAAUAAUAAUAAUAAUAAUAAUAAUAAUAAUAAUAAUAAU